AUGCAGCUCCUGCAUCACCCCCUGACCCACAUCUUCGCCGCCCACAUCUCCCCCGAUAUCGUCCCGCGAAAUUACAUCCCCCUUCACACCGCAUUCGAUAUCACUCGCCUCCCUCCUCUCCCCCGUAUCCUCGAUCCUCGACUCAACGCAGCCGCGCGAGAUCCCACCUACUAUGUCAAUAUCGUCCCGAACGUGAUAGAGUUGGCGCUGCUGGGGGAUACGUUGUUGAAGACGGUGAUCAUUGAGCGGUUGCAGGAGUUGUCAAUGGUGGGAAGGGCUGGACACAUCGCCAACCUCUCGGAUCGCCUCAAUACCAAUGUCGUCUUCUGCUACCUGGCCAUGGCGUACGAUAUGGUCGACGACCGAUACCGGCGGAAUCUUCCUCAGAAGGGAUACGCCGACGUCUUUGAGGCGUACUUCGGGGCGCUCUGGCGAGAAUCCAACGACAUGGGCAAAGCCCACGUCCGGCAAGUCAUCCGUCAAAUUUUCUCGCCGGAGGUCUUCCCCAUCAUCGCGGCGUGGCAAAGCGGGCGGAGGGAGUUUGCGCGGGUUCCACCCGUCGGUCAUGCAGCAAAGAGGAAGCGGAUGCUGCUGGAGCAGCCCCCGAGGGGGGUGUCGAAGCAGUACAUCGUGGGCGGAGGGGUGCACGGGAGGAAGAGGGAUCGGACCCCGCUCAGGUCGCCGCCACCGUUACAUCGUGCGCCAUUGCGGAUCCAAUUCCCCCAACCCCAGCCGGUCAAGGCAUCGGCGCGGGUGGACAACACGGUGAUCGACCUCACGUUGGACGAUGACGACGACGUCAUGGCGGAGGAGUGUAGCAUGAACGAUGAGGAUGGCUCGGACUCGGACUCGGUGGUGUACAUGAGCGAGACGGAGUGGAAGGAGCUCCACCUGGUCGAGAAGCCCCCCAAGGCGGAGAAGAGUCAGCCGGUCCCGGUCCCCGUUACGGCCGAACCGCUCGAGGCCGAUCGGCGUCCAUCGCUCCCGAUUCCCGUCGCUGCCGCCGCUGGACCGUCCCGAAGGCGAGGCAACACCCCAUCGGUCUUCAUCGACGUCACGCCGUCCAAGGUCGGUGCUGUCUUUGUUGACGUCACGCCGGCCAAGGUGGACACGGUCUUCUUGGAUACUCCGCCUCUCCAGUUCGGCAACAGGUCUCAACCUAGGUCGGGCGCCACGCCGUCCAAGGUGGACACGGCCUCGCCCCGGGUCCGGACGGCGGUUCUGGAGGCCAGCAUCCCCCGUGCUGCCCAUCGAGGACUGUCCAGUACCCCCUGGGACCGUUCAUACCAUCGCGGGCGAGCUAUACCUCUCCCCCGCUGGCCAGCAUAUCCUCCAGCACCCACUUCCCGCUCGUCCAGGCCGGCCUGCUCCCGUCGAUCGAUCCUUACUCCCGGUCCGCCCGGAUAA